GUGUUUUUAUUAAUAGCCAAGCCUGCACCAAUAUCUUCUAAUAUGAAUUCAUCAGGUGUCGAUGGAAGUGCAUUCACUUUAACCUUUGCCAUCGAAUUACUCGGAAUAGAGGUUUGGCAUGAUUGCAACGAAGGUUGGCUAGAUCUUGGGCCCUGUACUCAAGGCAUGAAGAUUCAGUACCAAUUGUAUCCUGGACAGAAUUUUGACUUAGAUAUUCUCAUAUGGCCCCAUGCUGUCAAAAUAUGGAGUGGUAUGAAUUCCGGUUGGGUUCGUACGUGGCAGUUCUUGGAUCGUCGAUGGCUGGCAUUUGAUAUUUGCCAUAUAUUUCCCGUAAAGGUUGUGGAGCUGAAAUCCUUUGUAGCGACGGUUUACCCUACCUUUGGAGUGGGCGCUUUCGGAUCCAAUGCAAAAAACGACAAGGUUACAGAAGUAUUCCUACCACGUCUAACGUUUGGGCAACAACGAUAUUUCGCUCCAGUGGUAGAAGAGGAGUUAAUAAGCUUCGAGACUUUCAUCUACAAUUUAAUAUGGGAGAUAGUGGAGGGUUAUAUACCCGCCUCUUAUUUGGACGGAUUGUUUGAUGUUCCGCAUCCUGUCGCAGACGUAAGACAUCAAGAUGCCGUAUUACAUCACGUAAGGGAAGCCGCGCUCAAUCGCAACUUGUCUGUACAAUCUGAGUCACAAUUAUUAAGCACAAGCAAAAAAACAUUAGCAAACCAAAAGAAGAAAGUAGAUGUAUCGCACACUAAAUUUGAAAUUACUUUGUCUGGGAAUAAUAUUUUAGCGGGAGCUGGUCGGCAAGUCGCUUUUCAAUCGGUCGGCGGCCGGCCACCGGAACUAGGGGAGUUUUUUGUCUUCAUCUCCAGUCAGAAUUUGCCCGCCUCCGACGACUAUCCGAUACUUUUUGUAAACAUCGAUUCUCUAUUCGAUGUGCCGACAGAAGCGUUAAAGAAAUACCAAAUAUCGCAUAUUUAUACACGAUGGUCUAUCAGAGAAGAGACCCAUGACUCGGAACAUCAGCUUAUAGAAAACAAUAAAACAACGUAUAACUUCAAAGAUCAUCACGUGCUGCCAUUACCUUGCGAUAUGGCUUUCAAAAUUAUCUGCAGUCUCAUAGAUGAUGACUUCCGUAUUCAGCUUCGUGGAAUAAGAAAGGCCCCAACACAUUAUGAUGAGCCAAGUUUUUUCGGGUAUGACAAGAAAGACUGCUUAUUUGCUACCAACGCUCCGCCCAGAUUCAAACAUUACGAAACUGACUUUAUAAUAGCUGAAAGUAAAGUCAACGCACGGUCUCUUGGAAAAGGAGUUAGUGGUGUAGUCCAAGGAGAAUUCGCGUUGUUGCCUCCAAACUACACAGUGAAGAGAUUAGGCCGUCAAGCAUUCUGCACAAAUGAUCAAAACGGUAUUAACUUGCCAGUUAACCCUGAACAAAUAGUUCCAUCAUGCGUUGUCCUAGAUGCUCAGAUGACUUUGGAAGUACGCAUGGGCUAUGCUGGAUGCAGGCCGCAAAGAUUGGAAAAGAGUUAUUCCAGAAUGAUUUGUCUUAUUUCUGAUCAAUGGCUGAUAAUGGAAUUAUUAACUCUAGUUACUGACAUUAACCGGGAUUUGGAAAGUCCUAAAGAGAGCGACAGUUUUCUGUCGGGUUUUGCCAUUGACACGGGCGGCACCGUAAUUAUUUACGUCGAGGGGCCUAAGGAUGGCGUAAUUUUACAGCUGUGGGAAAAAACUGGAGACUAUUUUCCUCACUCUAACCCGUUGUUUUCCUCGUCAGCAAAAUAUUCAUCCAGGGUUUAUCCUGAUUUAACGUUCGCUGGCACUCCUGCAUUUUUCAAGAUAAUGAAGAUGUUUGUUCCUCUGUCGGCAGUUUUGGCUUGUCCCCCUGUUUACGCGAGACCAAGCUUGCCUGUUUUAGCUCGAUAUGCCACAUUGAAGCUAGGUCGGUUGCUAAGCAACAAGCCGUGGUGGCGGCUUGGGCCGCCGACCAGCGAACUGCCCACCGCCGCGGAGUUGGUCAGCUUUUGCCAGGAGCUCUGCACAGCGGCCCGCCCGACGCAGGCGAUGACCGCUCAGUGUGCCAUGCUCCUCAAAACUAGUAAGCAUUUAUAA